GUUGGAGUAGAGCGAGAGAUGGUUGGUUCUGGUGUUCGGCAGUUGAUGCACAGAUAGUGGUGUGUCUGGAUGGAAGGAGCUUGAUGCACUGCUUCCUCCUGCAUCUCAGGCUCUUCUUCAUACACCUUCACCACAAUUUAACAGAGUACCUGCACUAUCAACCAGACCAUCACCAAGUUCCAGAAGGAGAUCAGUCCAUUUCUGCAGAGCAUCUUUGUCCCACUUGUGUCUGCAAUCUUCUCAGCCCUCUCAGAACCAUUGAAGAGAAUGAUGAGGAAGAGAGGAGAACGCGGAGACUACUCCAACGGAAUUACUACCUCUUCCUGACAACGAUUGUGUCUAAUAACCUUCUAGAUGUUAUGGCUUCCUUAGAUUCUAACAUCUUCAAUCAGGUUCUGAUGUCAGUAGUGCAAGGAGCUGUAGAAUUUCCAGAUCCUGUGGCACAGAAGAAUUGUUUUGUAAUACUGCGACGACUCACUGAGGCAUGGGGGGACAAGGAUACAGGUCCACCAGGUUUCUUGGAAUUCCUUUACACACAGGUUGUUCCAGCAUGUUUCCUUGCUCCACUCAAAACUACUUUGAUCUGAAUGAGCUCAGACCAUUCUUGCUCUUCAUGAAUCAGUCAUGUGUCUGCAAUCCAUCUACAAGAAACGUGGAGAGGAACUGAUUUCCUACUUGCGCUCUGAAUACUUGCCAAAGAUGGGCUCCGCCAGACUUAAUUAGUGAAUACUGUCAAGCCCUUACAUCUGAUGCCAAGUUCUUCAGAAAUUAUAGUAAAACUGUUCUUUCAGAGAGCUAAAUCGUGAGAUGGGGAAGAAUUUUUGUAAGGGGAUUUAGGCGUCUUGCAUAAUAUAUUUUUCUCUCUUUAUUUUUUAUUAUAAUUUUUUUUUUUCUACUUAUUUUCCCUUUUUCUCUUUUUUUAUGUCAGAAUUGUACUGUAAGUCCUACAUCUAAGUAAUUAAAUGGGGAAAAGAUAGUGUUGA